GCGGCCCGGGGCGGCCCGAGGUCCCGCGGGCUCAGUUUUCCUCGGCGGUCCCAUUUGGCUCAGACGGCAGCGCCAUGGCAGCACGCGUCUCCCCGCUGCGGCCCGUCACCCACCUGCUCUUUGACAUGGACGGCCUGCUUCUGGAUACCGAACCGCUAUAUUCAGUGGUGUUUCAAGAAGUAUGUGCUCGCUAUGAGAAGAAUUUCACCUGGGAUGUGAAGUCCCUCGUUAUGGGCAAGAAGGCACUGGAGGUGGCCCAGACCGUCAUAGACAUCCUGCAGCUCCCGAUAUCCAAAGAAGAGCUGGUGGAAGAGACCCAGACGAAGUUGAAUAAGAUGUUCCCCACGGCUGCUCUGAUGCCAGGGGCAGAAAAACUGAUCCACCAUCUGCGGAAGCACAAUGUACCCUUCGCGGUCGCCACCAGCUCUGGGUCCGGGCCAUUCGAGCUGAAGACCAGCAGACACAAGGAGUUCUUCAGCUUGUUUGAUCAUGCCGUUUUGGGCGAUGACCCUGAGGUGAAGAAGGGGAAGCCAGAACCAGACAUAUUUCUGACUUGUGCAAAGCGGUUUUCUCCUCCUCCUCCCGUGGAGAAGUGCCUCGUCUUUGAAGAUGCUCCCAACGGGGUGGAGGCAGCCCUCGCAGCUGGGAUGCAGGUAGUCAUGGUUCCAGAUAGAAACUUACGCCGUGACCUGACCACCAAGGCUACCCUCGUGCUGGAUUCCCUGCAGGACUUCCAGCCCGAGCUCUUCGGCUUGCCGCCCUAUGAAUGAGGGGUGUAUGAUGCCUCUCAGGGCACCGUGCCCCCCGCGCUCACUGGGGUGACCCACUCUGCUCAGGAAAUCACAACUCCCACAUCUCCCUGUAAGCAGUCAUUCCAGCCUGUGAAGUCAGCCUUCUCAUCCCAGGUGGGCCUGGCCCAUUCUCUAGAGUGGGGAAAACCCGCAACUUGACAGUUGAGAGAAAACAAAGCAGAGAUAGCCCAGAACAGAGAUCAGAAUUGUCAUUUGAGUAAUCAUGUAGUGUCUGAAAAAUCAUAUAUAAUAAUAUUUGAAGAAUCAUAUGAUUGUAUUUGAAUAAUCAUACAGUAAUCAUAUACAGUGAAUCCACAUACAUACAUAUACGUACUUGUAUGUACAUAUGCAUGCAUGUACGUGUAUGUAUAUAGACACACUUUUCCAAGACAAAAUGAAAUUAUAUUUGUCUUCAUUUCUCUUUCUUUUUAGUUUUUCUAAAUUCUGGCUGGAAAAUGUAAAAUAUGUAUACAUAUAUGUAUAUGCUUUUAUGUAUAUAUAUGUAUAUACAUAUAUAUUAUAUUUAUAUACGUUUUAUACUGCUUCACUCUCCCCAGUGUUGAUCUUAACACACAAUAACAACUGAUAUACUUGAGAUGGUAAUUCUGUUUGGUUUGUAGUCUGAGUAGGAAAGCCGCUUUACCAUCUCUUGAGACAUCAUUCUCUUUAUUGGCAAUUGUUGACCUUCUUUUUGUGUCCUCAAAAUAUCUCUGUGGACCUCUGCUCAGAAACUACCUCUGAACUGUGUCAUUGAUAGUUUCUUUUUAGCGUGAACAAAAUGGUAAUCUGUAUCUAACAUCUAGGUGUAUAUCCACUUCUUGAACAUGUUUUCUACCUCAAAGAAAUUAUUUCUGUCUUUUAAGAACAGUUAUUUUUCUAACACAACCUUUGAUGCAAAUAUAAUUUUAUUUCAGAACACAUGCUUGGUACUACCAAGAGCCAUAGCACAUUUUUUGAAUAAUUUAUCGGACAUUACACUUGGUGAUUAACCCUUUUUAAUAGAUUUAUUCAGCCUUUUGUAGUGGGAAAAUUGUGAAAGUCAUUGAAAUGGGAAAAAUACAAUCACAGGGUGUCCCCACUUGGUGCACCCUUUCUCUGUCAUUGUCUUUGAUUGUCAUCAAGCUAAUUGUCAACUCCGAGUUGUAAAAAAAUAAUAGGAAUAGAUAUGAUUGUCUGGUGGGAUGAUUGUUUGUUGAUGAUUGCCUCUGGCUAUUGACCAAUUUUUCAUCAGUUUAGCAAAUCCGUAUCAGCAUUCUUGAUUGCCUGUAUACGUGUCUGUUCUUUGAAUUGUCCUUCAAACUGGUUGUAACAUCUUACUGGUUCCCUCACCAAUUAAUUUAAUAAUUGAAUAAAAUUUUUGGCACUUGUUCAUGUUA